GAACUUGCCUUGUAAAUCAGACACAGGUUCAACAUACCUUAUAUAUUUAUGCUCUAUUUAUGGUACAUAUAUAAAUGUGACGUAUUUAACAUUAGACUUGAAAUCGCAUACUGGAACUGCAAAAUACGUUCCUUGAUAAUUCCAAUUUUUGUGCACACUGAACUUUCUAUGAAAAUCUAAGACUUGAAAAGAAUUCUCACAAUCAUCAAAUUUUCCUUACUAUGAUUUAUUUCUUUGCAGUUAUGGCGAUCCGCAGUGUGCUAGAGGCAGUGGCUGCCUGCAUCUUAUUCUCUACAGUAUUAUGCUGUCCUAAUAACUGUAAUGGUCAUGGUACUUGCGAUACGACUGCCACGCCUCCUCGGUGUCAGUGUUCAAAUGGAUACAUCGGGGAAGGAUGUCAAGUGGCUACGUUUGAAGAGGAAAGAACUGUUCCAUUUAGUCCCCUUGUGCCUGCCCAGAGAAUGUCUUACCUCCCCUUCAGUUCCAAGUCUUGUAGCAACGCGUACAUAGAACUAGAAACACAAAACGGGGAAGGAUACGGCAUCGAGUUAGGAAGUCCGCUCAACCCCUUCUCUACGCUGGAGAGGAUUCCUCCCUCUGAAACAGGCCAGCUCGAUGCGUACAGUGGGGAGGUAUUGGAUUGUAAUGAAUUUCGUGAAUUCUGGAUUGACUGGGAGAACGGACUAAUACGACUGGGUGCCGGACCAGUACGUGGAGAAAAUGUUCUACUCAGCUCGCAACAAGACCCAUCUGUACCAGUUAGUCGACUGUCUUUCAAUUCGGGUGCUUGGCGAUUGCCUUCUCAAUACAGAGACACCAUUGGUGCUGCACAGACUCAAAUGAUGGAGUUCAAUGGACCCCAUAUACAAGACGGCACAAUGAUGGUUGGAGCUGGUCCUGUAAUACCAGAAGGGAUUGUAGACCCUCAAGGGUUAUUAGAGCAUAGACUGUUGACGGGCCAGACACAAAUCGACGAACAAGGAAAUAUUCAGUACAAGAUCGAUACUCCUGACGCUGUUUCACCCACAAUCCCCGGUCAUGCAAAAGAGAACCUCGUGACUACGUAUCAAACUCCGACAGCAGGAACGAAUAUCAAACCAACUCCGAAAAUAGAGCGACUCAUGCAAGUGAAGAGAAUAGAUAAAGCGAAAAGACCGGAGUCCACUACUACUGAGACACCAAUCCAAACUUCACACGCAUCAUCCACGCCUGCCAACAUUCACAACAACAUACCAGAGAAUGCUAACACUGAUUCCUUGGCAAAUCUUGAACAGCGAGUGUUUUCAAAUCAAUUUGGUACUGAGAAUAACGAACCUACCCCAAGUAAAACCCAAUCAAAGGAUGCGAAAACAGUAACAAAUCAAAACAUGAAGCACAGCUUACCAACUCAACGAAGUAAGACUGUAGAUGAUCCCUUUAUUAGUAAUCAAAACACACUAGACCCCUUACCAGUAUUUGAUCGUGAUAGUUUAAGUAUCAUACCAAUGGAAGUGUCACAAAGCAACCACUUACCAGCAACAUUACCGGUAAAACCAACUGAUCAGCCCACUCCAUCGGAAGAAUUGCCCAAAGUAGAUGUGAUCCAUUUUGGGUCCAAUUCACUUUCCAGUCGACUUCCAGGACAUAUACAGAAUAUCGUAGAUCAUCCGCCUUCAUCAGUGUCUGGAGCAGAAGAAAGACAUGAGAUACCGAAUUCAAUUGGUGGACAACCGACAAUUACAAGAUCACAUGGAGAGCAAUUAAGUAUCAUGAGUCAAGAAGGGUCAAUGGUAGGCCUCAAUGGUCAACCAAUCAAAACAAUAAUAUCUGGCGUGAAUGUGGACGGGAAGGAGCAACGUAUAGCUCAAAAUCUAAUUACAGGUCCAAAUGGACAAAUUUUGUCUAAAGUUGAAAAAACAGGUUCAGAUGGGAAAACACAUGUGUCGUUUAAACCACAGUCUAAAAUAAGAUUGUCUGCUACAGACUCUUCUAAUAAAAGGGUGAAUUUUGAUGAAACAGGUAAACCCUUAUUAAGAGUUGAAAAGAAGAAAAUUACACCUGUUGGUCCAGUUGAAAGUAUGGUUGGGCCUAACGGAGAAAUGAUUGAUGUAAGUAGACAUAAACAAGUGAGCUCAGAUGGAUCUCUAUAUGAGGAAAAACAACAACAACGAAUAGUAAGUGCUGACGGAUCUCAUGUGAGCGAAGCUUUGAAAACGAAGAAAAUAACUCCUGAAUUGACGGGUGUUAAGGACACUAAAAGACAAAGAAUAGCAAGUCAUAAUAGACUGCAUAUAAAGGAAACCGAAAAUCAAAAGACAUUGAAACCUGAAUUACUGGAAAUAAAAAAAUCAAAUCGAGAGGAAACACAUCGUCCCGAUGUUGCACACUUUAAAGAGGAAAAGAAUGAGAUGACGGUAGAUGUCAGUGGUACUUCCCAUUUUAAAAAGAGCCAGCACCAAGAAUUGAUAGGACCUAACAGAUCGGCCUUCAGCUCUAGUUUUAGCUCAAAAACUGUAUUUGCUCCUACUAUGAAUAACCCGAUGUCAGUUCCAAAAGACCAAGAAAUAAUGAAAGAAGGAGGAAAUAAAAAUGAUUUUGGUAUCAAUACACAUAAUGUACAAAAUAACAACUUAUUAAAUACCAAUCAUGCUGUAGCUGAAGGACCUCCAUCUGGGUUUCAACAAACCUUUUCUGAACAAACUCCAAACGUGCCCCAUUUUGCACCUCCCAAUUUACACGAAAGAGUGAGAACUCCACAAGGUGACGUAUUUGUGUCCAACCCACAAGUUCAAAGUGAUAAUUUCUGGAAUAAUCCCACUUCAGACGUAAAUCCUCAAGAACAGAUCACUGUCAUACCAUCACAUGAUAGGAUAGAGACAAGUAGUUUUGAUGUACCACAAGCUACAAACCGUCAAGAUAUGAUCGUAUCUUCUAAUAAUAACGUAAAUCCACAUAGAGGACCUGGGAAUUCUAAUAUGCAAAAUAUGUUCAGAAGACCCGAUCAUAUGGAAAUGCAAAAUCAAGCGGGGCCACAGUGGAGAACUCCACAUCAACCACACGUAACACAUCACGAGCCUUCACGACAAGGAUUUGUGAACAAUCAGGAACAAAUCAUAGAAACGCAACAUGUAUUGGGUGUUCCAAAUUUCUUUGGGUCUUCACCUUGGGGCCAUCAUAUAGCACCAAAUGAAGUUCAUGGUAUGAUGCAAACUCCGCAUUUCAUUAUGCCAACGCGAGUUAAGAGACAAGCAGGUUUACGACCUCCGCCCCCACCUCCACACUUUGACAAUAUGGACUUUUCAGGAGCUCAGACAAAUACAGAAUUUAUUAAAGGUUCGGAGACAGAAGCAACUCAGCAUUCAAAUACACAGCCAUAUCAUAACACAGCUACUCACGGAAGUAUGGAUGCUCCAAUUCCUUUACCGAUGAACAUGGAUCCAACAGGAGAUCAAACAUCUGGUGUAAGGAGUGCAGGGUUUUCACCUGGAGGAGAACAAACCGGGUCAAUAAGUACCAAUCAGCAUAUUCAACCAAUGUUUGAAAGCGGAAAUUUUAUGACACCUCCUCCUCCAAGCUUUGUGGUGCCUAGUUCAGAAGACAAUAAACUACCCAUUCCUCCUACUGUGAAUGGAUUUCAUCAGGCCAACGGAAUGCAUACACAAAUGACAUCCGGAACUGGAAAACAUAGUUCAAGUUCUGGAGGAAAUGUGGGGCAGGCCAUGUUUCAAACAGGCAUUCAACCAGUCACCAAACACCUUCAACAUAACCCAGUAGAUGAAGUUCAGCUACAAACAGGGGGAUACUUUGAAAUCGAAUGUGGAAUCAAAUCCGCUGACCCAAACAUGGAAAUCAAGUGGACUAAAGAUGGCGUACCUUGGUCUCCACCACAAGACAAUCCAAAGAUUUAUUUUACCAACAACAAACGAAAACUUGUUUUCGAAUCAAUCACUCCCGAAGACAACGGAAACUACAUGUGUGUCGCAAAUAACCUCUUUAAAACUUCCGCUACCACCGAUUUGAUAUUUGAUUCGACAGGUUCAGCCCAGGUUGUACACGAACCGACAAAAUUAUUUCCCGUUCUGGAUGGACGCUUAGAGCUCCGUUGUGAUAUCAUUUCAGCGAAUCCAGAUUUAAAGAUAUCUUGGUUAAAGAAUAACGUUACAUUCAAUCCAAUGAAUGACCCCAGAAUCAAUUUCUUUUUUGACAAAAAGAUUGUGGUAUUUAGCUCUGUACAAGAAUUGGACAGUGGGAGGUAUACCUGCAAAAGCAGUGAUGGUUACGUGAAUCCUAAAGCUAUCGUUGUAGAGGUGCAGAAACCAGAUUCACAAAUGUUUUCGCAAAUGUUUGGUCCAGAAUUCAGCUACGGAACUCAGACACUUAUGCCAGUAAGGAAAGACAGUGGACCCCUACAGAGUAUACCUGUAGGAUCAGGUUAUUUUGAGAUAACAUGUAAUGUAAACACCGCGGAUAAAUCGUCAGAAAUCAGAUGGACCAAAGACGGAGAACCGUUUGACAUUGAUCCAAGCAACCCUGAUGUUUACUUCACGAAUGGAAAAAAGAAGAUCAUUUUUGAAAACUUGUCACCAUACGAUAAUGGCGUUUAUACUUGUCAUGUGAAUGACAAGUACAUAUCAUCUGCUACGACAGAUCUCUUCAUAGAAAGUCCAAAUGAUGCAAUGGUGGUAUACGCCCCUCAAGAAAGGAACCCUCUGAUUGGCAGCGUGUUGGAUCUCCGUUGCGACGUGACAUCCAGUGAUACUAAUAUCCAGCUAACUUGGACAAAAAACAAUGUCCCGCUGGUUCCCAGCAACCGUGUCAUCAUGGAGGAGGGCAACACACGGGUCAGCAUACACAACGUCACUGACACAGACAAUGGCCAGUAUCGGUGCAUUGCAAAUGGUGAUCCAUCCACUGCGGUGUCAACCUUUGUAAAUGUCCAUUCACAAGCUGAUAUCCGAAAUUCGCACUUAUUUGGAGAAUCUGUCGGGAGUCACUUCUUUCUUGGUGGAAACCAAAUGUCUGGGAAUCAAAUGGUUCAAGGACAGGUUAUUCAAGGAGGACAAAUGGUUGGAGGUCAAAUGGUCGGGGGUCAAAUGGUUGGAGGUCAAAUGGUUGGGGGUCAAAUGGUUGGUGGUCAAAUGGUUGGAGGUCAAAUGAUUGGUGGUCAAAUGGUAGGAGGGGACCAUUCAAUGGGAGGUCAUAUGGUUAGAGGUCAAGUGGUUGGAGGUCAAAUGGUUGGAGGCCAAAUGGUAGGAGGUCAAAUGGUUGGAGGACAAAUGGUUGGAGGUCAAAUGGUUGGAGGCCAAAUGGUAGGAGGUCAAAUGGUUGGAGGACAAAUGGUUGGAGGACAAAUGGUUGGAGGCCAAAUGGUUGGAGGUCAAAUGAUUGGAGGACAAACAUUGUCUGGUGAUCAGUCUGCCUGGAGAACUUCUGUAGCGGGUUUGACCACAGCUGAAAAAGGUCCAAUGGAGCUCAAGACGAUCAGCUCUGGGUACUUCGAGAUUCACUGUAAUAUACCGGAUACUGGAAUGGGUGUGUCACAAAUAACGUGGUUAAAAGAUGGAAAUACCUUCCGUAUUCCUUCAAAUAGACCUGUAUAUUUCACCAACAACAAAACAACGAUUGUGUUUACAUCUGUUGCUCCCGAGGACAAUGGCAUAUACACUUGUAUCAGAAAUAAUCAGUACCUUGCAUCGGCGUCCACAGACCUUUUUAUACAGGACAAAGACUACUACAAUAAGGAUUGGUCACAGAAUGCUGUGGUUGUUCAUGAACCGCAGACCCUAAAUCCGGUUCUAGGAACCCGUCUGGAGUUGACCUGUGAGAUAACAACCACUGACCCCAAUAUCCGACUGACCUGGUUGAAGGCAGGGACACCUGUUGAAGCUACUGCGGACGGCAGAAUUUAUUAUCAAAAUAACAACCAACGAUUAGUGUUAGAUCCGGUUCAGUUGGAUGAUUAUGGGACUUACACAUGCCAAGCCAAUGAUAGAUUGAAGACAUCUGUGUCAACAUUCGUGAAUGUCCACCAAGGCGAUGAAAGCAGGGCUUUGUAUACUUCGUCCUCCUUGUCCGCUGGUUCAAGCCUUACCAGAAGUGACCCAAUACAACAAGUUGAUAUAAAGUCGGGAUAUUUCGAAAUCAACUGCCUCAUUGAAAAUGAUAAUUCUGAUAUUACAUGGACCAAGAAUGACCAGCCAUUCACGCCACCCGCUGACAGAGAUGUGUAUUUCACGAAUAAUAAGAGGAAGAUAGUGUUUGAAAGGCUACGAGCUGAAGACUCUGGGCUUUACAUGUGUGUAGCUCAUAAUCAGUACCUAUCGUCUGGAGCCACUGAUCUUUUCAUAGAAGACAACAUGGAGAAAGCCAUAGUGGUGUAUGAACCUCGCCGGUUUAACCCUUUAGUAGGAAAUCGGUUAGAAAUCACGUGCGACACUAGGUCGUCCAACACCGAUCAGAAGGUGACAUGGUUCAAACAAGAUGUGCCAAUAUCUGCUGGGGAAAAUCCAAACAUCACCUUCCUUCAAAAUGGUCGAAAGAUAGUGUUCAACUCUGUCACUCACCAGGAUCAGGACAAGUAUAUGUGUGCUGUUGACGAUCCCAAUAUAGAUCCUUUGACGAUGUAUAUACAACCACAUGCUGAUGAGGCCGCAAGACAAAAAUACUUUUGGGGAUUUUUUCAAGGAACACGAGAUGCCAAAUUAAAAAUUCCAAUCCAAUCCGGAGCAGUCAGACUACAAUGUGCUGUUGGUGAUGGGGCUACAAAUAUCGCCUGGUACAAAGACGGUCAGUCUUUAGGCAACUCAGUUCCGGGGGUAUCGUUUGAAGACGAUUACCGCACUUUGAUCCUGUCACAGUUUGGAAAAACCAGUGGUGGAAAUUACGUGUGUGUAGCGGAAGGACAGAUAUGGCGAUCCGUAUCCAAUGAACUAAGCUAUCUUAGUCCAGUUGAAGCUGGAUUAACCACGAAACCGAUGAAAAUGUACUCUCUAUUUGGCUCAACGUUAGAAAUUAAAUGUGGUAUUCCUGAAUCACAGCCACAAAGUCCUAUUACCUGGGAACUUGAGGGUAAACCUAUAAAACCUGACCAAAAGCGAGUCAUGUUUCUGGACAACGCUAGAACACUUUGGAUCAAUCCGUUCCAAUCCUCUGAUAUCGGACGUUAUUCUUGUAAAUCUAAUGGAGAACAAUGGUCAGUCUAUGUUAAUGGAUAUCAAACUGAAACAGAACGAAACAGUGCAUUAGGAAGUCCUAUUUUCCUUCGAUCGGGAUCUUGGAUGUAUGGUCCUCAGCGGCGAGUAGUCAUAGGAACGCCCAUGUCGUAUCCAUUAAUGGCGGGAAGAGCGGAAAUUAUAUGUGGGAUUCAAACUAAUGAUAUGAAUGCCGUUAUCCGAUGGCUGAAGAAUGGUCGACCAAUUCAGAGAGCUCCACCAACGUAUCACUUGUGGAACGGGAGGGUCCUCGUGCUGAUGGGGUUCUCAGCUUCCGAUAAUGGACAAUACACAUGUGUAGUUAACGACGGGACCAUGUCCACGUCUUCUACUAGACUUCAAUACCAAAAUCCAGAAUCGGCAACAGCAACGUAUGAUCCGCCAAAGGUGAACCCACUGACAGGGAGAAAGGCGGAACUUAUCUGUAACAUACCCAACCUUCCUCAAGGUGUGACUGUUAACUGGAAGAAAGAUGGUGAACCAUUUGAAACUUCCAGCGCAAGAGUACAAUUCUAUGAUUACAACCGGAAGAUUGAAUUCAGUUCAGUGAACCCUGAAGAUAAAGGCAGUUACACUUGCACCGCCAAUGAUGAAAUUGGAACAACAUAUUCGACAAAUGUUAAAGUUUUUAAUGAUGAUACUCUUCGGCAAACUGACGUUUAUGGAAAUCCUACAUUUUUGCUUUCACAGAAUAAUAGACCUCUUCCUAAUUUGAAUAUAGGUGGGACGUUAGAUCUUCCGCUCGAUUCCGGUACUGCGGAACUGUUAUGUGGAGUCCAUACGGCAGAUCCUAAUGCUGUCUUCACGUGGAUGAAGGAUGGACGCCCUCUUACCAGAGCACCUGUUUACUAUAAAGAUGAUGGCCGAGUUUUAGUGAUACCGGAUUUCAAACCAGAUGAUAACGGAGAAUAUGAAUGUGUUACAAACGACAACGUUUUGUCAUCUGCAGCAAUGAGACUGAAUUAUAUAUCCCCAGAGUUAGCUGAGAGCUCAUACAACCCACCCAAUCUGAGUCCUCUCUCCGGAGGGAAAGCAGUAUUGAAUUGUAAUAUUCCAAACCUUCCUGAAAAUAUAAACGUGUACUGGAUGAAGGAUGGUCGACCAUUUGAUACUCCAAGUGCUCGAAUUAAGUUCCUGAACAAUAACCAUAAGGUUGAAUUCAGUCCGUUGUAUCACGAGGAUGCUGGGAGUUACACUUGCUCAGCUGAUGGUGGUUCCACAGCAACUUAUUCUACUGGUAUCAAAGUUUUUGAUCAAGACAACGAACGAAGAAACGCUAUUUUUGAUCGACAUAGGGAAACAGGUCCAGCCCCAGGCCCCACGACAGGGGUUGAGGAUCCAACAGCCAUUCGUCCGGAUGUGACGUCACCGAAGAACAUCCACCCACCAGAUGCACAUUUACGUCCAGAGGGUGAAGCCCCCGCAGUAGUUUAUCCGGAUUCAGUAGCUCCCGAAAACAUCCAACCCCAAAGGGGUGAGGAUCCAGCAGCAAUUUACCCGGAUGGGAUGUCACCGCAGAACAUCAACCCACCAGUGGAUGAGAGACCAGUUGCAAUUGCCCCAGAGUCCAUAUCCCCUGAAAGCAGCAUACCAAUAGGACAACCAAUGUCCUACCCUGUUGACGGAGGCAGAAUGUAUCUCCGUUGCGGUAUUCAAACAAACAAUCCUAACACAGUUAUACGCUGGUUGAAGAAUGGCCGACCCAUACAGCGAACUCAACCGACAUAUUACAUGUAUAACGGAAGGAUACUGGUGCUGAUGGGAUUCUCAGCGUAUGAUAAUGGCCGAUACACCUGUGUGGCCAACGAUAGACUCAUGUCGUCCUCCUCCACAAGACUUCAGUAUCAAAAUCCGGAUUCUGCAACAGCCACAUAUGAUCCACCGAAGAUGAAUACCCUAACAGGAGACAAAGCAGAAAUUUUCUGCAGAAUUUCGAACUUACCCUUAGGCGUUACCGUGAACUGGAAGAAGAAUGGUGAACCAUUCGACACACCAAAUGAGAGAGUUAAAUUUCUAGACAACAACCGUAAAAUUGAGUUCAGCUCCGUUUAUCCCGAGGAUGCUGGUGGUUACGAGUGUACAGCAAAUGACGAAAUAGGGACAACGUAUUCAACGAACGUAAAAGUGUUUGGUGAUGAUACUCUUCGACAAACAGAUGUUUAUGGAAAUCCAACGUUUUUGCUUUCACAGCUUGACAAACCGCUAGACGACCUAAAUAUUGGGGGUACUUUGGACCUUCCCUUGGAGUCUGGAGCUGUCCAAAUGUUAUGCGGAAUCCAGGCAACUAAUCCAAAUGCCAUCUUCACCUGGAUGAAGGAUGGUCAACCUCUGACCAGAACACCUGUAUACUACAAAGAUGAUGGUCGUAUCCUGGUCAUACCAGAUUUCACACCUGCCGACGAUGGGAAAUAUACAUGUGUCACAAAUGACGACACCCUGUCUUCUUCAUCUGCAACAUUGAAUUAUAUUUCUCCAGAAUUAGCAAAGGCUGCUUACGAUCCACCAGAUGUGAAUCCUCUAUCAGGAAAGAAUGCAGUUUUAAACUGUAACAUUCCAAAUCUUCCCCCUGGUGUAAGCGUGCGAUGGGAGAAGGAUGGGCGACUCUUUGACACACCAAGUACUAGAAUCCAAUUCCUGAAUAACAACCGUAAGAUUGUAUUCAACACAGUAUAUCAGGAAGAUGCUGGCAGCUACACUUGUACAACUACUGAUGGUUCUGGAAUGACAUACUCCACAGGGAUCAAUGUAUAUGACAGAGAUCAGGAAAGACAGACAUCCGUGUACGGCCCUAAUAUGGAAAAUGUGCCCAGCAUAGCUACAGAUCCAUCUACGGAUAAUAAUUUGCGCUUGUCUGAUGGAGAAGCUCCAGCUAGUGUACAGCCAGCCCUAACGUCAACCCCUCCAGAAGACACCAUACCUCUCGGACAACCUGUGUCUUAUCCUAUUGACGGAGGCAGAAUGUAUCUUCGUUGCGGUAUUCAAACAAACAACCCUAACACAGUUAUACGCUGGUUGAAGAAUGGCCGACCCAUACAGCGAACUCAACCAACAUAUUACAUGUAUAACGGGAGAAUACUGGUGCUGAUGGGAUUUUCAGCGUAUGACAAUGGCCGAUACACGUGUGUGGCCAAUGACAGGGUCGUUUCGUCUUCUUCAACAAAUCUUCAGUAUACGAAUCCAGAAUCAGCAACAGCGACAUAUGACCCAACGACAAUGAAUCCACUCCUAGGGGAGAAGGUGGAGGUGCAUUGCAACAUUCGCAACUUGCCCCCUGGUGUUAGCGUUUCGUGGCAGAAAGAUGGACAGCCAUUUGACACUCCCAGCGCAGGGAUUCAGUUUCUGAAUAACAACCGUAAGAUCGAAUUUAGUUCCGCGUAUCCUGAGGAUAAAGGCAGCUAUACAUGCACGGCGAACGAUGAAGUCGGCAUGUCUGAUACCACAAACAUCAAAGUCUUCCCUGAUGACAAAACUCGAGAGACAGAUGUGUAUGGAUCACCAACCUUCCUUCUAUCCCAGAUUGACAAACCUUUAGGAAACCUUGCCAUUGGAAGUUCUUUGGAUUUACCUCUUGAAUCGGGAACUGUGGAGUUGUUAUGUGGAGUUCAAAUGUCCAAUCCUAACGCUGUAUUCACCUGGAUGAAAGAUGGACAACCACUGACCAAAACACCUGUCUACUACAAGGAUGAUGGCCGCGUUUUGGUUCUUCCCGACUUUAGUCCUGCUGAUGAUGGAAAAUACACGUGUGUUACGAAUGACAGGAUGAUGUCUUCUUCAUCCACGAACCUUCGAUAUGUUAAUCCUGACAAAGCUGUGGCAACAUACGAACCACUGGAACACAAUCCCCUCACAGACGACAAAAUUGACCUAUUCUGCGACAUCCAAAACAUACCACCUGGAGUGAACGUUCGCUGGGAAAAAGAUGGUCAACCAUUUGACAUUCCAAGCACCAGAAUACAGUUCCUAGAUAACAACCAAAGAAUACAGUUCAGUUCCGUUUUUCCCGAGGAUAAAGGCAGUUACACUUGCAUACUAGAUGACGGUUCUGGACAAUCGUACAUGACUAAAAUUAAUCCGUUUGCUACAGACUCUGAAAGAAUCGACACAGUAUAUGGACCAAACAGAAAGGGUGAAAUUCCUGAUACCUUACUUUCUGAUAAAUCACAUGCUCUGCCCUCCCUAGGUGCAGAGGAAAAACCUAACCCAGACCUUGAUAUACCAUCGCAGACAGACACUUUACCUGACGGUCAGCCUCCUCCCAUAGAUGGUACAUAUCCAGGCGAUCCACCACCCCCACCAGGACCCAACACCUUACCUGAUAGUCAAUCUCCUGGGAUUGCUACAUAUCCAGAUGGAACACUCCCAGAUGACACUUAUCCUAGGGACCAACCUCCUCCCGUAGACAGUACAUAUCCAGACGGUCCACCACCACCACCCGACACCUUACCUGAUGGCCAAACUCCUCCUGGAGAUACUACAUAUCCAGAUGGAACACUCCCAGACAGAACUUAUCCUAGGGACCAGCCUCCUCCCGUUGACGGUACAUAUCCUGACGGUCCACCGCCACCCCCACCAGGACCCAACACGUUACCUGAUGGUCAAACUCCCCCUGGAGAUACUACAUAUCCAGAUGGAACACUCCCAGACAGAACUUAUCCUAAGGACCAGCCUCCUCCCGUUGACGGUACAUAUCCUGACGGUCCACCACCACCCCCACCAGGACCCAACACCUUACCUGAUGGCCAAACUCCUCCUGGAGAUACUACAUAUCCAGAUGGAACACUCCCAGACAGAACUUAUCCUAGGGACCAGCCUCCUCCCGUAGACGGUACAUAUCCAGACGGUCCACCACCACCGGGACCCAACACUUUACCUGAUGGCCAAAACCCUCCACGAGACACUACAUAUCCAGAUGGAACUUCCCCAGAUGGCACAUAUCCUGGUGACCCUCCUUCUCCCGUAGACAGUACAUACCCAGGCGAUCCACCACCACGACCCGGCACCUUACCUGAUGGUCAAACUCCUGGAGAUACUACAUAUCCAGAUGGAACAUUCCCAGACAGAACUUAUCCUAGGGACCAACCUCCUCCCGUAGACGGUACAUAUCCUGACGGUCCACCACCACCACCCGGCACCUUACCUGAUAGUCAAUCUCCUGGGGAUGCUACAUAUCCAGAUGGAACACUCCCAGAUGGCACUUAUCCUAGGGACCAACCUCCUCCCGUAGACAGUACAUACCCAGUCGAUCCACCACCACGACCCGGCACCUUACCUGAUGGUCAAACUCCUGGAGAUACUACAUAUCCAGAUGGAACACUCCCAGACAGAACUUAUCCUAGGGACCAACCUCCUCCCGUAGACGGUACAUAUCCUGACGGUCCACCGCCACCCCCACCAGGACCCAACACCUUACCUGAUAGUCAAUAUCCUGGAGAUACUACAUAUCCGGAUGGAACACUCCCAGAUGGCACUUAUCCUAGGGACCAGCCUCCUCCCGUAGGCGGUACAUAUCCUGACGGUCCACCACCACCCCCACCAGGACCCAACACCUUACCUGAUGGUCAAUAUCCUGGAGAUACUACAUAUCCGGAUGGAACACUCCCAGAUGGCACUUAUCCUAGGGACCAGCCUUCUCCCAUAGACGGUACAUAUCCAGACGGUCCACCACCACCACCACCGGGACCCAACACUUUACCUGAUGGCCAAAACCCUCCACGAGACACUACAUAUCCAGAUGGAACUUCCCCAGAUGGCACAUAUCCUGGUGACCCUCCUCCUCCUGUAGACAGUACAUAUCCAGGCGGGCCACCACCACGACCCGGCACCUUACCUGAUGGUCAAACUCUUGGAGAUACUACAUAUCCAGAUGGAACACUCCCAGACAGAACUUAUCCUAGGGACCAGCCUCCUCCCGUAGACGGUACAUAUCCAGGUGGUCCACCACCACCACCGGGACCCAAAACCUUACCUGAUGGCCAAAACCCUCCACGAGACAGUAUAAAUCCAGAUGGAACUUUCCCAGAUGGCACAUAUCCUGGUGAUGCUCCUCCUCCCGUAGACAGUACAUAUCCAGGCGGUCCACCACCACGACCCGGCACCUUACCUGGUGUUCAAACUCCAGGAGAUACUACUUAUCCAGAUGGAAGACUCCCAGAUGGCACUUAUCCUAGGGACCAGCCUCCUCCUGUAGACGGUACAUAUCCAGACGGUCCACCACCACCACCACCCGGCACCUUACCUGAUGGUCAAACUCCUGGAGAUACUACAUAUCCAGAUGGAACAUCCCCAGAUGACACUUAUCCUGGUGAUCAGCCUCCUCCCGUAGAUGGUACAUAUCCAGGCGGUCCACCACCACGACCCGGCACCUUACCUGGUGUUCAAACUCCAGGAGAUACUACUUAUCCAGAUGGAAGACUCCCAGAUGGCACUUAUCCUAGGGACCAGCCUCCUCCUGUAGACGGUACAUAUCCAGACGGUCCACCACCACCACGACCCGGCAUCUUACCUGAUGGUCAAACUCCUGGAGAUACUACAUAUCCAGAUGGAACAUCCCCAGAUGACACUUAUCCUGGUGAUCAGCCUCCUCCCGUAGAUGGUACAUAUCCAGGCGGUCCACCACCACGACCCGACACCUUACCUGAUGGUCAAAAUCCUGGAGAUACUACAUAUCCAGAUGGAACACUCCCAGAUGGCACCUACACUGGUGAUCAACCUCCUCCCGUAGACGGUACAUAUCCAGGCGGUCUACCACCACGACCCGGCAUCUUACCUGAUGGUCAAACUCCUGGAGAUACUACAUAUCCAGAUGGAACAUUCCCAGACAGCACUUAUCCUGGGGAACAACCUCCUGUCGUAGACGGUACAUAUCCAGAUAAGAUUCCAGAUCAAGGCACCUUAUCUAGUGAUCGAACUUCCCCAGGCAUGCCACCUCGACCAGGCACCUACCCUGGCGAUGAAACUCCUUCAGGAGAUGGCACACGACUUAGACCUUUUAAUCCUCUUCCUCUUCCUCCUCCUAUACCUCUUCCACCACCGGUACCUCAAUCUCUGGGUGGCAAAGUACCCGUACCUGAUGAAACAGUGAGAGAUGAAGCAUCUCCUCGAAUCGACAAUUUAUCACCAGAACGAAAACCUGUUACACUCACAGCAAGAGAAAAACGUUUAUUUGCUUUUGACUGUGGAACUGAGUGGUUGCAAGGCGACAAUAUAAUGUGGUAUAAAGAUGACGUACCCCUGGACUUUUCAUCCCCUAAUGCACCGACUAAAUUAGAUAGCAAACUUGUUUUCGAUCCAGUCAUGUCAUCUCAUGCGGGGACGUACACAUGCAUUGUAAACGGCAAAUUACAGACAGCUUCCAACACAAUAUUGAACACAGUUCCAGCAGAUCCAAAUAGCAUAGGGUAUCAGGAACCAGAGUCACUGCAAGCUGAAGAGGGAGAAGAAUACACCCUGAGAUGUAUGAUCCCUAACAUAAAGAGAACGGACACUAUCUCAUGGUUUAAGAAUGGAUCUCCAAUACACUCAUCAAUCUCAAGAGAUCUCAGUGGAUCGAGUAUCACAUUCCGCUCUGUCGAUUUAGCUGACGGGGGGUCGUAUAUUUGUGUGAAAAAUGACGAUCUGGCGUCAUCUUACGCAGUCGAUUUAACAGUUUUACCAAGAGAUCCAGCACCAUUGCCGCCUGUAUCCAGACAAAUGGACCCAAACACACCUGAAACAGAUACAGAUCCGAUGGCGGAUAAGAAAGAUGCAUUCGUAUUUGAACCGGUGAAACCAAAUGAUCCAUCUGCACAAACUCCAAUUGGGGGUAAGAAAGAUGCAUUCGUAUUUGAACCGCUGAAACCAAAUGAUCCACCUGCUCGAGAUCCCAGACCAAUUGACCCAAUUGACGAUUUCGGAUUCUUUAACCUUCCUCCUCCUCCUCCACCUCCUCCUCCUAUUGGUGGUUCAAGAGAAAAUCCUGUUGUUUCUCCCCAAACCGAUGCUAAACCACUCGUGUCUGAUACUCAGGAGCCUACGGGAACUCAAACUCCAUCACCCAUUCCAUUGGAAAUAUCACCAGGACAUUUCCGACCAGUAGAGAAAAAUGAUUUUGAUUUGGAAUGUGCCAUUUCAACGGCUACAGGAAAGGUCAUCUGGAUGAAAGAUGGCAGGGCUCUCAGAAAAGAAGAACUACCUCAGGAUUUCAAUGGAAAGCUUAAGUUUGGUUCGGUUAUGUUGUCUGAUAGCGGACAUUACACCUGUCUUUCUGAUGAUCACAAACAGACAUACAACGCAGCAGUGGACGUAGUACCGGAAGACAUCAAUACUUUCCUGCUGAGUGAAAGAAAUAAAAAGCCAGAGGACAGACGCUCUAUGAUGGACUACCACAGACCACGAUCAAACUCCGACUUCAAUAUUACUUGUAACAUUGAUGGUGCAGACUACCGUCAACCGGUUAUUUGGACAAAGGAUGGUCAACCAGUAUAUCUUUCCAAACCAUCAAUUCUUCAAAUUAAGGACAGGGGGCGAACUAUAAAAUUUCCAUCCAUUUUGCGUAGUCAGUCUGGAAUAUACAGAUGUCAGAUAGGGAAAGAUGACAAAAUGGCAAUUGUAGAUGUCAAACCCGAAAGUGUAGACGAAUAUUUACUACUAAGUGAACUUGAUGACAAAACGCCCAAUGCUGUACUACCGAACAGGGAACAGCUGCCAUCUAUGCAAUUACCAACCUCUGAAGAAUCUCCAAAGAUGGUUAUAGCGGACAGAGGUGCAGAUACAAACAUUCCGUGUGACUCUGGGUAUAACGUAGAUCCUAAUGCACCUGUGUUCUGGUACAAAAAUGGAGAGUUAAUGUCGUCUACCAAUGGCGUAGAUUUGAGCUACAAUGGCUUGUUCAUUAAUUCGGUCCAACCUUCCGACGCAGCCUUGUAUACUUGUAUUCUUGGUGAUGGAGAAGCAACAUCCUCCACGAGGCUACAUGUUAAUGACCGGGAAGCAUACCCAGGUACACCUGACGCUCCACAAGAUCCCACGGAUGGUCAGAGAACUGGACCAAUUUCUCCCGAUCCUAAAGUCGACUUCAAUUUCCCCCGUCUCCCCCCUCUUCCACCUGGUUUUGAGAGUCCUGAUCCAGACCAGUUUCCAACUGAAUUCCAACCAAAGACGCCCUCAGACCAGUUUCCAACUGACUCCCAACCAAAAACACCUUCAGACCAGUUCCCAACUAACUUCCAACCAAAACUGCCCUCAGACCACUUUCCCACUGAAUUCCAACCCAAAACACCUUCAGGACAGGAACCUCAAUAUCCAGAAUCAAGGACGAGUCCGCUUUCAGAAAUCCCCUUCAAUGAAGAAAUUUCACGAGGACAUUUCCGCCCAGUUGAGAACACUGGGUUUAAAUUGCAGUGUGCCGUCUCAAUGCCAACUGGAAAAGUUCUCUGGAUGAAAAACGGCAAGCCAAUCCGACAUGAACAACAGCGUGAUGUAAACGGCAUCCUUGUCUUUGGAAGCGUUCGUUUGACUGAUAGUGGACAAUACACAUGUGUAUCUGACGAUUUCAGAGAAUCAUAUAAUGCAGCAGUGGACGUUUUGCCCGAUGACAUUAAUAGUUUUGUGCUAAGUGAGUGGAAUAAAAAUCCAGAGGCGAGGGAUCCUAUGAUUGACUACCACAGACCUCGGUCAUUUUCCAACUUCAAACUCCCUUGUAACCUAUCUCAUACAGACAAUAGACAACAGGUGGUGUGGACAAAGGAUGGGCAAUCUAUUGAUGAAGACAUCAAGGCUAGAACCAUUUUAAGCACAGACGAGGGUCGUACGCUAGUAUUUCCGAAUAUCAUUCCUAUUCUCUCAGGAGUAUAUAGAUGCCAAAUAGGAAAUGAUGACAAAAUGGCGAUUGUAGAUGUUAGACCAGAGAAUGUAGAAGAAUACCUGCUUUUAAGUGAACUUGAUGAUGAAACCCCCAAUACAAUACUGCCGAAUAGGGAUCAACUGCCAUCUUUGCAAAUACCAAGGGAGAACGAAAUGAAGAUGAUCGUGGCUGAGUCUGGCACAUCGGUAUCCAUCCCCUGUGAAACUGGAGCGAAUGUGGAUCCACUUAAUCCUGUACCACUGAUGUGGUAUAGAAAUGGAGAACAUAUAAAGAAUUCGCCAUCUGUAAAUACUGAUGAUGACAGGAGAUUGAUAUUAUAUUCUGCCCAACCAUACGACUCCGCCAGGUAUACAUGUGUUAAAGCUGAUGGAUCAGGAACGGCAUCAACGAGGCUUUUGGUCUCAUCCGGGUUACAUCCAGAUUCCCCUGCUCCACUACCUCCCAUCCCAAGCGAUCCGAUGGAUAGACAACCAGAUACCCCAAUAUCACCAUAUCCGAAAGGUAGCGAACCGACACCAACAGAUGGACAACAAGGUCCGUAUACUCUGCCAAGUCUGGAUAUACCCCACCAACCUGACAACCAACUCACUUACGAAGGUCCAGAAACACCAACAUCAAAAGAUGCAACCACACUUCUAAGUAACAUCAAUCCAGAAAACCGAAAAGAUGUCAAUCCACUGCUGCAACCUCCAGUCCCCGACACGAUUUUACCUCGUGUACCUGCCAAUCUAAGACCUACAGAUGGAAGAACACCGACAACUUCUCCCGGCCGAGGUCCUGUCGGGUGGAAUCCUCCGGGAGCACUUCCGCCAAUCGGAUCACCCCAGAGACCUUACUCUGGUUGGGGCAUCCCAUCCCUCGGUGGAAUAGUUCAUCAAUACUUUUAUCCACGGAUUCGACAUGCCUAUAGAUUGCCCUGCAACAUAAAAGGACUUACCGAUACAUCUCCUGUCGUUUGGUAUAAAGGAAGUGAUAGGUUCCAACCGAUACCUGGUCGAGUACGCAUAGUUAAUAAUGCUAUUUUGUUCCAGCCGGCUAUCGCCGAGGAUAGUGGAGGUUAUUCUUGUGUAGCAACAGAUACAAUGGAAUCAGUUCGAGCUGAACUUCAUGUAAAUGGAAAUCCAAAACCACCGGGGGUACGAGAUGAGCGAUAUCCUACAGUAUCAAUGCCAGGAAGCAAUGGAAGUCUGGUGCAGCAUUUCCACUACCCGUCGUCGUCAGAAUCAUUCCACCUGCGUUGUGAUCUGAAAUCAGGCGAUAUAAAUACUCCCAUUCGAUGGUUGAAAAACGGAGAACCAUUCAUAAUACCAUCUGACAGACCCGUAUCAUUACAUGAGAAUAACCAUGUUAUACGAUUUAGUUCCAUAUCACCGAAGGACGAUGGCCAGUACACGUGUAUCGCUGGUGAUAACAUGGCAUCCAUUUCUUCAGAAAUCAUUGUCAAACGCCCUGGAAUGGCAUUCGAUCCCAAGAAGAAUACAGUCUCACUGAGUAGCAGUGAUAGGGAUGCACUACUUCAAUUUACAGGCACUCAAGGAUUCUCCAACAAACAUUUUCCCAUAGUCAGGACACAAUUUGAGUUAAAUUGUACAGUAGCUAGAGACACGCCCUCUUUACCGGUGGCAUGGCUUAAGAACGGUGCUCCAUUUACCCCUGAUGGCGUUCAUACACGACAGCUGCCCCGUUCAUUGCUAUUCUCGUCAAUCAUGCCUGACGAUAGUGGUCACUACACCUGUAUAGUUGGUGAUAAUCAAGAUGCUGAAAACAUAAUUGUGGACGUCAUAUUCCAUGAUAUGAACUCUGGGGACAACACUCCAGGUCGUCCAAUAUUGCGGCGAAGAUUUAUUUUGAAAUGUGGCAUAUCGUCUUUACGACCCAAUACACGCAUUACGUGGUUUAAAGACGGAGAUCCAUUCAAUGCUAAUCCCAAUCGAGUGAGAUUUGUCGACAAUAGACGCUCUAUACUGUUCACAUCCGUCCUAGAGGAAGACAAUGGCGAAUAUAUGUGCAUAGCCAACUAUGGAACAAGCAGGGCCUCAUACACAACUACUGUUAAUGCAGCAAAAGAGAAACUUCAUGAAAUAAUAACGGUCCCUGUAGCCCCUACGGAACACAAAGCCACGUUGUCCGAGAGAUUUAUACUGGUCUGUGCUCUUCCGUCUGUCAGCAGUACAAAUCCAGCCAUAUGGAUGAAGAAUGGGAGGCCAUUCAGUAGCAGAAACGCUCCCGGCAAUGUGUCGUUUAGACAAAGGUCUUUAGUAUUCAAUCCUGUAACUGAUGCCGAUAAUGGGCGAUAUACGUGUAUGGCGCAAGAUACCGGUGAUCAGUAUGCAACAGAAUUAAUCGCUGUUCCGAAGCAACACACUCCAACAGAGGGUCAGGUGGUAAGUGUCCGGUGUAUCUUACCGGGUUUUAAUCAAGGAAAACGGGUAACAUGGCAGAAAAAUGGUCAAUUUCUACCUCAAAGAGAUUCAAGAACAAUGAGAUUCUCUGAAAAUGGACGGACGAUUACGUUCUCUCCCGUUACUCCACGAAAUGACGGAUUAUAUGAGUGCGCUACUGCAGAUGGAUACAAAUACCCUCUGACAAUCAAAGUCAAGCCUACCAUGCAGUUUCCACCAAGCAAAGCAAGGUUUACGUUGGAAUGUGCUCUUCCGAACAUGAAUCCCCGACAACUGAUUGUAUGGCUCAAGGAUGGACAAGUGUUCACACCUAGACAGAACAGAAUUGCAUUUGUUACAGAAGAGGGAAUUCGAAAAGUCAUUUUUGAUCCCCUGAUAAGGGAUGACAGCGGCCGAUAUACGUGCGUGGGCCCUGACAAAAAGCAAUACAGUACAAAUAUAGUUGUAGAUGGUAGAACCGCAGCCAGACGCAAUGUCCAAUCAACUGUAACACAAGCAUUCCGACUUACCUGCGACAUUCCCUUCCUUGGGGAAUCAUCAACCGUAUACUGGUUAAAGGGUGAACAGCUCUUCACACCACCGAGAGAAGAUGUCAAGUUUGAAGCAGGAAAUGUGGCAAUUCUAUUUGAAUCUAUCAUGCCAGAAGAUUAUGGAAAAUACACAUGUGUAUCAACAGACGGUGAACACUACACCGUGAAUUUAAAUGUUAAAAGCGGUCCGGGACACAAACGUAUAGCAGUGGGUGUCACAGACAGACCAGAGUCUACAGUCCCGGAGAAAUCUAUAUCUGAUUUAGUAUGCCCGAUAAGGGGGCUGGACAAAAACGAAAAGGUAGUUUGGCUGAAAGACGGGCGGGUGUUUAUGCCAUCUGGGGAUCGUGUGAAGUUUAGUCGGCUUGGUCGAACCAUUACCUUUUCCCCCGUUGUGGCAGACGAUGCUGGAUUAUAUUCUUGUGUGUCGGAAUUAUCGGGGACAACUUUAUCGCAGAUUUUGAAAGUAGGAAAACCCAUAUAUCCAGAUGACUAUAAAGUGGAGGUGUCUCCCGACCUAUAUCGCCCUGUGGAGACUAAGCCAUUCAAUCUGAUUUGCAAGAUACCAAACUUCUCCGGACGAGUGUUGUGGAUGAAGAAUGGAAAAUUAUUUGACAAACAACGUGCUCCUUCAAUUUCGUUGCAUGAUGGGGAUAAACGAAUUGAUUUCGAAAACGUUAUGCCAGAAGACAGUGGGUCAUAUGUGUGUUUGUCAGAUGACUUCAGUGCCGUUUAUCCAGCGGCUGUGGACGUUUUUCCUUACAAUAUCUAUGAAUAUUUAGCUUCGUUGGGCCCACCUGGCAGGCAGUUACCACCAGGCACUAAACUCCCAGGAAACUUGGACUACGUAAGAAUCCCCGAAGGAUCUAUCUAUGAAUUACCUUGCAAUAUAACCAACUCGCCAGAUCCAAAGUCCUGGACAAAGGAUGGACAGCUUAUUAGGCCACCUGCUGCUGGAGACGUUAAUCGAGUUCUCUCGUUUAAUCCCAUUACAAAGUCUGAUUCUGGCAUCUAUAAGUGCGACUCUGGGCGCCAAGAGUACAUAGUUUUAGUUGACGUCGUGCCACAAGAGGUUCAAGAAUACUUGUUGUUGAGCGAACGCCCUGAUAACAAGCCGAGCUUGAGGUUACCAGACUCGAAUGAUGAGAAACUGCGACUUUCUCUUCCCAAAGACAUCGAUCAGAAACUACAUUAUACUGGUCCUGGGCAACCUUUUGCUUUGAUAUGUGAAAUUGCACCACAAAACAGACCAAUCAGGUGGUACAAAGACGGCGAUAUAUACACACCUUCACGCCCGGAUGUACAAGUAUACGAGAGAAUGAUUCAGUUUGGUCGACUGACGACAAAUGACGCAGGCGUGUAUACCUGUGUGGCAGGAGAUGGGGAAUUAACAUAUUCAGCAAGGCUUCUUGUAAAUCCACGUCAUACAAAAGUAACGAUCGACUUGGCUGAAACCAAAACCACAGAUGCAGAGGCUAUGACACGGUUUCAGAUUCAAUGUAACAUUCCAAAUUUGGCAAAGGGAGAGUCCGUGGCGUGGAUGAAGGACAAUCAAUUAUUUUUACCUGCCCUCAACAGAGAGAUUACAUUCUCAUCUAAAGGUCGAAAUAUCACGUUUGAUCCAUUACUAGAGGAGGAUGCUGGUACAUACACCUGUAUAUCACAGACAAAUGGAGCCCAGGUGUCUCAAAGAGUUAAUGUUUAUCGACCUAUAUAUCCAGGUUACUACAAGGUAGAGGUAUCCCCGGGUUACAAUCGUCCUGUGGAAACAAAACCAUUCACUCUCAGAUGUCCGGGCGCAAAAGGACCUGUAAUCUGGAUCAAAGAUGGACUACCAUUUGCAAAGAAAGAACUUAUUACAUACUCCAAUGGCGAAAGUCAAAUAUACUUCGAUAGCAUUAGCAAGGAGGAAGACAGUGGAAACUACGUCUGCAUUAGUCAGGAUGGAAGGAUACUGCACCUGACCGCUAUUGAUGUUGUACCGCAGACUGUUUAUGAUUACCUGAUGGCAUUGGGUCCUCCGGAUAGACAAGGGAACCGAGAAUUAGCCAUUCCAGCAAACCUGGGCUACUUUAGACCUCAAUCCGGGAUUAUGUUUGAACUUCCCUGCAAUGUAUCAGAUUCCGCUCUAACACAAGCGAUCACGUGGACUAAAAAUGGAAUUGUACUACCACGCCAACAAAACAAACGUGCUUUGUUAUUCCCCUCGGUCUCUGAGACAGAUGGGGGAUAUUAUACAUGUACGGCAGGACUCGAGGAGUACAAUGCUCUGGUUGACGUCAAACCAAAAAGUGUACAAGAGUAUCUGCUUCUCAGUGAUACGGAGGAUAAAAAGCCAAUUUUGGUACUACCUGAUGCCCAGGAUCAGAAACCAAUGCUAUCACUUCCAAUCGAUGCAAAGGAAGAGGCAAAGGUCCAAACACGAUCCCCUGGAGUCGGUUAUAUUCUGUUGUGUGACCUACCUCCUUCCAUUCCUUACCGAACUCCUAUUCAAUGGUACAAAAACGGAGCGUCCUUCAGCGUUCCUGCAAAUUCUGGUCGUGUAUCCUUGACAGAUAACGGCCGUGUUCUUCAGUUUGCGUCACUAAAGAGAGAAGAUGCUGGUCUGUACACAUGCGUGGCGGGAAAUAACCUGGCUCUCUUUACGUCCAGAAUUAUUGUCGCCCCACGUGUUAAACAUGAUCGGAUUACUGUUGGAGUCGGAAAGAUGCAGAACAACGUUCAAGUUAACCAACAGUUUACUCUAACAUGUGCUAUCCCUCCAUCGACUCCGGAAUUACCUGUCAGGUGGUUAAAGGAUGGUGUUGCAUUUAAUCCUUCCGAUCCAUCAAGAGUAGUCGUUACUGGUAGAAGCAUUAUAUUUUCCCCUGUUGUGGCUGCUGACAGAGGGCGCUACACAUGUAUGGCUAUCGACAACUCGGCAUCCUACACCUCCGCUCUUAAUGUCAUGGCAACAGGAAGAAAUGUUGCGAACUCCCAGUUACUAAACUUCUGGCAGCAUCAAUUUACCCCUCGCGCUCUUGGAGGAUUCGAGCUUACAUGUGUUAUGCCUCCAACUCUGGACCCCUCCAUCCCCGUCAUAUGGAUGAAAGAUGGCAAUCGUUUGGCAAUGGACCGUACUGGUAGAAUCAAAUACAGUGCGGGAAAUAGGAAAAUGAUAUUUACAGAGGUCACACCAGAAGAUAAGGGAUGGUACACAUGCGUUGCAUUGGAUAACUCUGCCUCUUACACAUUAUCAAUGGUCGUAGAUGUGGAUGGAACUAAAGAAACUGACUCCGUAGGAACUGCUCUUCGAAUCUCAAACGCAAAUCUGGGAAUGGAUUAUGAGCUUAGGUGUUUACUGCCGGACAACGGGAAAGCAAUCUCGUGGAUUAAGAACGGAGUAGAAAUCCAGGCUGACCCCACUGGUCGUAGGACUUUCCAUCAAAGGAAUCGUAUAUUGCGUUUUACUCCCGUUCUGUCAGAAGAUGGUGGAUAUUACAUGUGUCGAUAUAACGAUGGUACAAUGACUUACAGCACAGCAAUGAGAGUUAUAGGAGGAGGAGGAGGAGGCGGGGGUUCUGGAAUGAGAAGUAUAAGAAACUUUUAUCUCAUGCAACUCGGGGGGAAGUUCGACUUACGCUGCGGAAUUCAGUCUCGAGAUCCAAACUUCCGGGUCAUCUGGUUAAAGGACGGACAACUGUAUUCUCCACAAUCUAAUUCAAUCUCAUACUACCAUGGAAACAGCAGGAUUCUAUUUGACUCGCUGCGCGCAGAGGAUGCCGGACUAUAUACCUGUAUCAGUGGAGGAAACCGUUACUCCACUCGUCUUUAUAUGAAGAGAGCCAUACCCCCAGUUACAACUGGAUGCAUGUCUCAAUGUGGUACAACAGCGGCAUCGUGUACCAUUCAGCUGAAUUGCACAAACUACUUGACAUGCGAGGUAAAUGGAAGAAAUUGCAACUGCCGAGCAAGGAUGUGCCAGUUUGGAUCUUUCUUUAACCCGGAAACCGAUAAUUGCACCUCAAUUAGAACAACAAAUUGCAUGAGCGAUCCUUGUCGGAUGCUCCCCCCUCGCUUCACUUAUCCGAGUGACUAUAACUGUCGAAGUUUCUACCGCUGCUCCAACACGGGGACGUCUGUCCCUAUGUGUUGUAACGCCUUCUACAAGUACGAUCAUGCAACUGGAUCCUGUCAGCCCGACAGCAGCUGUUCUAUAGACUGCACAAAGCGAGAGUUGCCAGAAACUGAUCCGUCUGUUAGACUGAUGACAGUGAGUCCACUGGGAGGUGUUUGCUUCCUGAAAGCCAUUCCGGACACGCCUGACAUGUACUACAAUGUCGCCUCCGGUAGUACACAACAGUGUCCCCCUGGAACUGUCUUCAAAGAGGAAAGCUGCGUCUGUGAAAAUUCUCUAAAGCUUACUCAUAUCCAUGAGAAAACAUCAGCUCUCAUUAAAGAAUGCCAUCCACUGUUACAGAUUGCUUUUGAUAAGAAUUUCAUCAGUAACAUUUCUCCACAUGGCGUCUACACAAAAAUCAUUGACGUCAACACCACGGAAUCACAGACUCCUAAACGCUCAGUUGGGACCUUCAACGGCCAAACCUCUGAAGUGUCGACACCCCGUUUUAUAAAUGAUGAAAUCGAGGCUUUAUACGUCACGUUCAACUUCUUAGAGAAGGGUGGUGGAGAUUAUCAGGUUUUGUUUUCUAACUGUCGUGCUGCCGUUCCAUACACAGUACCUGGUGUUCGAGGACAAAGGUCAUCGUCUGCAGAAAUUUUACUUGACAAAAAGAGACAAGAGAUCGUAUUUAUAGGGAAAACAGAUAACGAGAGAGCUAGCUCCGCCAUAUUCAGAAUCCCUUACACUCCAAGUCGGUGGAACAAAGUAAAGAUGGCGUUUGACGGCUAUAGAAUAAAAGGUGUUGUGACGUCAGAGCUUAAUGGUAAACCGGUGCAGCAAGUUCGUACAGAACCAUUAAUUGGACGGUUGAUUCCAUCCACACAACUGACCAAACUGGGCAGGUGCUCUGACAAAGACGCUUUCCAAGGAUACAUGGACAAGAUUAAAGUUUCAAAUUGCAUUCCACAUGGGUGAUGACAUUGUUAUGGCAUAACAAUAUCGCAGCUUAAUUAUUUUUUAAAUAUAAAAUGAUGUAUAAACUGCCGUUACCUGUUUGUUUGUACUGUCAAUAAAUGAAUGUUCUAAAUGCUCAAAACCUGGACACAAUCACCAAUAUUAUAUGUCAUCAUUCGUUACCUUCAUCCAUUCAUUCAUUCAACUCCAAUAAACUAUGAUUAACAAAUAUC